AGCUCAGGACUGUUCAGUCCGUUAGCUUUUUAAUCAGGACGGUUUUUGGUUUCCUGUGGAAAUUAAUGAAGUUACAGUCGGAAUAUUGACCUCCACAGCUUUGUAGCUCUCUGCUGUGACUAUUUUAAUUCAGUUCAUCUGUUCAGUUUAAGAAAAACGCCUCGAGCGUUUCUUCUCUGCCAUGUCCCACAACUACCCGUACAGACGGCCCCAGCCUGACUCCAGCCUCAGAUCUGACCCUGGACACUACUCCUCUUCAGACCGCCGUCACGCCUCUCCAGACCAUGACUUUUACCAAGCUCCUCAGGAGUCUUACUCCUCGUCCUACCCAUCAUCUUCGUCCUCCAGGGUCACUCAGUGGACGCAGGAUGGUGCCGUCAGGAUCCUGAACAGCUGCGGUCUGGAUACCAGCGACCUGGCACUGCUGGCCGAGAUGCCUGAAGACUCAUUGACAGUCGAGUCUCUGCCACAGGUCCUCCAUCAGAUCAAAGGGAAGAGAGGGACAGUCAAACAGUAUCCUCCUCCACCUUCUCCUUCAUCCUCCUCCUAUCCUUCCAGCUCCACCCGCCGACCCCACGUCAGCCCACCCACCAGUGACUGGGACCGCCCCCACAGCCAGCCACUCCAGUACCAGAUGGACCCAGUCAAACCCAGUCCUCCUCCUGAACUUGACCGCUGGGGGAACCCGAUCACCUUCAGCUCUGUGAGGGCACAGCAAGCAUUAACAGCACUUGCACCAUCAACUUCAUUGUCAUCUUCAUCCUCCAGCUACACAGUUGACCUCCAACACAGACGGGCUCCACCCGACUACGGUAAGACAUCUCGAGAUGCCAAACCGGUUUCUUUUCAAGACUACAACCACAAAUCAGGGACGCCUGAACUUAUAAAACCAGGCCGGGACAGUCGUCAGUUUUCAUCCCAGGACUACCACCACAGAUCUCCAGGAAGUAACACUAGUCUAGCAUCCAGCCAAAACUACAACCACAGACCAGGACCUUUGGACUUUGGUAAGACCGGCAGAGACACUGGUCCAGCGUUCUCCCAGGAUCGACCUUCUUUCAGCUCUGCCAGUCGAGACAAAACAACACAUCCUUCCCGCUACUCUCAGCCUGGACCAGCUGACUACAAACCACCUCCUUUGCUCCCGGUUAGCCGUCCUAAACCUCUCUGGGGGGGCAGCAGUGGACCUGAGACCUCGUCUUCAAAGACCACCAGCAGCAGCCAGCCAGGCCCCUCAAUGCCCUCCAAAGAGAACGCUCUGGAUUUCCAUGGAACAACGCCGCCAACGUACCCCUACUCAUGCUCUCUGUGUGCUAUCACUGUGAUGUCAGAGAAGGUGUGGCUGAAACAUAUAAACGGUCCUCAUCAUGCUGACGGACAGCUCAGCCUGCUGCAGAGGUUUCCCAACUGGGACUGUCGUUUGGAGACCGUGGGCAGGGCCGACAACCAAUCAGAGAGGUGGAGGGAUGACAGAAAACCCAUGGAGAAGCCCCAGACAGCCAUUCAGAGCUCUCGCUCAUCACAGCAGAAUCGAAAACCUUCAAAGAAGGCUACAGAGAAAAGUAAAGUGGUGUGUGUGAAGUUUCUGGCUCAUUCUGUGGAUGAAUCCUACCUGAGGAAACUUGCUGAACCAUUUGGAAGAAUCAUCAAGAUCCUCAUGUUUCCUUCCCUAGCGUUUGUGGAGCUGGGCUCCAUGGAUCAGGCCAGAGACAUGGUGAAGUUCCACGAAAACUACCCUCUAACGGUGAACGGGGAGCAGAUGGAGUUCAGGCUCUCAAACACCUUCAACUUCCUCCAGAGCUCUCGUGUGGUCACUUUCAUCCCGCCUCCAUCAGGAGAGGACGGUCGAUCAGAUCUGAUCAGCAUCAUCAAACGCUUCGGCUCGCCGCUCUACACGCUCUUCCUGCCCUCAAAGGUGUUUGUAGAGAUGAAAGAUGCGAGUGAAGCUCAGAAGCUGGUGGAUUAUUACUCCACCAACCGUCUGAGGAUCAACCAAGACCUCAUCCAGGUCUCCUUCUCUGGAGAAUACAACAGCCUCAUGAGGAUCCCGUCUGCCAAGAAAUACGAAGAAGAGACCGAGAGGAUGAAGAGUUCAAGCAAAGAGAUAGAGAGCAGGAGUAGCAGAGACCGGGACGAAGGCAGAAACAGAUCCAGAGAAAGGUCUACCAGGUCAAAGUCCAGGGAUAAAUCCAGCAGAGAUGGGGGGACCAGAAUCAGGUCCAGGUCUAAAGAAAUGACCAAGGAGAAAAAGUCUGAGUCCAAAGAAAAGGCCUCUCAUGAGAGAAAGUCUGAGUCUAGAGAAGAAUCCAGCAGAGAGAGGAGGUCUGAGUCUAGAGAAGAAUCCAGCAGAGAGAGGAGGUCUGAGUCUAGAGAAGAAUCCAGCAGAGAGAGGAGGUCUGAGUCUGGGAAGAAGUCGGUGAAAGAAGAGGAAACGGAGAUGCCAGUCUUCACGGAUGCCUCCUCUGGUCCAGAUCCAGUCACUGAACUAAAGCAUGAGGCUGCAGAAACCCAACAAACAGACCAGGAAGAGCCGUCUGAAGACGACAGCGACAUCGAGGGUAUGGAGGUAAUCGGAGAGGACGAAGAGGAUCUACAGGACGAGGAGAUGGAGGCCCUGGUUGGGAGUGAUGGAGAGGAGGAGGAGGAGGAGGAGGAACCUGCUGAGAAAGAGGAAUGUCCUCCAGAGAGAACAGACUCACCUGACGCAGAUAAAAAUGUGGAGUUGAAGGAAGGAGAGGAGAACGAGGAGGUGAAUGAAGAGACCGAUCAUGAGAGACAGCAGGAGGAGAAAGAGGAAGAGGAGAAACCUUUAAAGGAGGAAGAGGAGGGAUCAGAGCCCACCAGAGAAACAGAAACUCAGCAGGAGGAAAACGAGUCUGAACCAGACUUCCCCGUAGACCUGGACAGCUGCAUCACGCUGGAUGAGCUCGGGGAUGACGACUGUGAUUAUCAAGAUGAAGAAGUCAGAGCUGACCAUCAGUCUCCUUCCAGUCGGGUUCUCUACUUCAGCAACGUUCCUCUGGGUUCCUUCACAGACUCAGAAUUCAUCCGGCUGGUCAAAGGCUACGGGAAGGCGGUACGCUUCUUCAGGAUCCCGGGACGUGAGGGGGGUUUCAUCGAGAUGUCUUCAUCCUCGGAGGCCCAGAGAGCCAUUGAGGGUCUGACCGCCAAACCGCUCCGUGUGAACGGCUGCAAUAUCCACGUCCAGAUCUCUAGCAACUACUACAAACUCACUAAAGGGUGGAUGGUGGAGGACGUGGACAUUGAGGAGGAGGAGGAGAAGAACGAGAGCAGCAGGAAUCAGGGCAGCAGGCGGAGCCAGAGACUGAGCAAGAAACCUUCAGACAAAGACGAGACAAGCAGGAAGCUGUCCUCGAAGAAGACUCUGGAGAGAGAUGGAACAUCCAGAAGGAGCGAAGAGAAAGAGUCCAGAACAUCAAAGAGGAAGGCGUCAGAAAAACAGCCUGCAUCCAGGAAAUCUGCAGAGAAAACCUCUGAGAAGAAGAGUCCAGAAAAGGAAAAGACCACGAGGACAACUCGAGGGAGCGAGAAAAAGAGCAAAGAAAAAGACUCUGCAUCCACAAAGUCUGCAGAGGAUGAGAGGAAGGAAGUGGAGUCUACGACAGAGACAGACAAGAAUAAGUCAGAUAAAAAGUCCUCUCCAGAGGAAGACAAGGCAGAAAAGAAGGUCCAAGAGAAAGACUCAAAAGGUCAGAACAAGUCGACAUCUAAAACGAGUGAAGAGGAGUCCAGAACAUCGAAGAGAUGUUUAGAAAAAGAGUCUGAGUCCAGCAGAUCUGCAGAGAAGUACUCAGAGAAGACAAGUCCAGAAAAGAAGUCCAGAACGAGUCCAGAGAGCGAGUCAACCAAUAACAAGACAAAAGAAAACAAGUCAAAGACUAAACAGAACAAGUCAAAAAUGGAGGAAAUUGAGCCAAAGACAAAAGAUGACUCAAAGAUCGAAGAGAACGGGUCCGAUAAAAGCUCCAAGAAGACUCUAGAGAUGGAGUCCAAGUCCAAACAGGAGAAACCGUCUGACUCAGACUCAAAGCAGACUCCAGGAAAAGACUCUGUACAAGAAACGAGUCAGACUAAGGCGAUAAAGAGAAAAGGGAGUCAAAAAAACAACUCCGUGCCUGACAAGAAAGAAAAGAAGAAUGAGUCUCUGGGCGAGUCAGCAGAAGUUCCACGGGAAGAACAGUCACAGGUCCAGGACUCACCUGAAUCAGCCCUGAAGGAUCCUGGGAGUCCACAUCCACCAGACUCUACUGGAGAACGUGACCAGAAACCUGCUGAUCAGCUGAUGGACUCUAACGUCCCAAUUAAAGAACAAUCUGAGCCUGCAGGUGGCGCCACAGAGCUGCAGAAACCCACCAAACCUGUUGGUACGGAGUUUGUGCGUCCAGUCGUGGGUUAUUUCUGUAAUCUGUGUCAGCUGAUCUACGCUGACGAGGACGAAGCCAAACAGAAACACUGCAGCAGCCUGGAGCACUACAGGAAGUACCAGGAGAAGACGGGCAAAGAUCCAUGGGCCAGCUGAAGGCAUCAUGCGACUCCUGGUUUUAGUUCUGUUUUCCGUUUAUCUUCAGUAUUGAGUUAAUUUAAGUGAUCUGUUAAAGAUUCAGUGUUCUUGCUCUCAUUGUCCGGAUGGUAAAAAUGAGAAAUAAGCCAACAGCAUUAAUUUAAUAGAUGGAAAGUUGU